AUGGGAUCUGAAGCCCAUAGUCACGAAGCACUGUCGCGGCAGACGCAUCUGGCAAUCCUGAUCAACGGACGAUGGCAGCCAGAAGAGCAGCCAGUCGACUGGUGCGACAGCAUGCUCGAAGACAUGUGCGAGGACUUGGAGAGCAUAGACCACUCGAUUCGCGACUCCGAACAGGCGGACUUCGAGGACGGGUUCGACGACUGGGACUGGGUCGACAGUGAGAUGCAGCGCGAAGCCGAGGAAGAUGCGCGUGAGAGAGUACAGUGGAGCAAAGAAAUGGAAAUCCAGAAUGAAUACCGCCAGCGUCUCGCCAACAUGACGGUGAAGUACCUGAACAUGCAAGGACCCAUCCCCCUCGACACCACGAAGCUGGUCUUGGGCGGGGACGUGAUCACAGACACCUGGAGCUGGCGUGAACUGUUGGGUCACAGCUUGAGCAACGACGUCGUGCACGUGCAAGUUGUCUACAUCUCAGAGAAAGCCACAGGACAGGGAUGGUGCAGCAAUCCGCAGUGCCGCCAAGCCGAAAAAGAGGAGUGCCUGGCCCAGAAGAGCGCAGAGAAAAUUGCUCGGCAGCAACAACGGGCAGCGCAGGGAGCGGGCAGUCGUGGACCCUUGCGCGAAGAGAACAGCAGAAAGGCAGAGCGCCGACAGCUGCAUGAGGAAAGGGCGCGGGCAAAGGCAGAGGAGGAAGCAGGCGGCCGUGGACCUUUGCGUGAAGAAGACAGCAAAGAAGCAGAGCGCCGACAGCUGCGUGAGGCAAGGGCGCGGGCAAAGGCAGAGGAGGAAGCGGGCGGCCGUGGACCUUUGCGGGAAGAAGACGGCAAAAGGGAAGAGCGCCGACAGCUGCGUGAGGCAAGGGCGCGGGCAAAGUCAGAGGAGGAAGCGGGCGGCCGUGGACCUUUGCGGGAAGAAGACAGCAAAGAAGCAGAGCGCCGACAGCUGCGUGAGGCAAGGGAGCGGGCAAAGGCAGAGGAGGGAGUGGGCGGCCGAGGGCCCAGGCCUUGA